AGCAGGCCGGUCACACGCGCCACCGGCCGGCAGCUUCCCAGCCCCGUGCGCCCCGCUGCAGUGCCGGGCGCCCCUGCCCCGCGCCGCCCCCACGCACGCCCUGCGCGCCCAGCCACCGAGACCCUGCCCGGGGCGCGGGGCAGUGGGCAUGGCCCGCUGGGGGCCCGCCACGCUGGCGCUGGCCCUCGCGCUCCUGACGGUGGCCCUGCCGGGGGCUGGGGCCCAGGGCGCGGCCCUCGAGGACCCCGGCGGCCACUACGCGCAGGAGCCCUGGAGCCAGGAGCCCUACUACGCGCGCGGGGAGCCCGAGCCCCAGCCCGAGCCCUUCUCCCCGCGGCUGCCCGCGGGGACCCAGGAGGAGGCGCAGGAGCCGCACCCUCCCGCGCCCAGGCUGCCCAAGAGGGCGCCCAAGGCCAGGAAGGCGCCCAGGGGCGAGAAGCUGGCUCCGGAGACGCCUCCGCCCGGUAAAAGUAGCAACAGAAGAGGCGUGAGAACCAAGAGCCCCGAGAAGGCUGCCAGCGAUGAGCACGGCGUCCCCGUGGCCCCCGGGGAGGCCGGGGCGGGGUGCCCGCCCCUCGGCCUGGAAACCUUAAAGGUCACCGACUUCCAGCUCCACGCGUCCACCACGAAGCGCUACGGCCUGGGCGCGCACCGCGGGCGGCUCAACAUCCAGGCAGGUGUCAGCGAGAACGACUUCUACGACGGGGCGUGGUGCGCGGGCAGGAACGACGCCCACCAGUGGAUCGAGGUGGACGCCCGGCGGCUGACCCGGUUCACGGCUGUCAUCACGCAGGGGAGGAACUCGCUGUGGCUGAGUGACUGGGUGACCUCCUACAAGGUCAUGGUGAGCAACGACAGCCACGCGUGGGUCACGGUGAAGAACGGGUCAGGGGACAUGGUGUUCGAGGGGAACAGCGAGAAGGAGGAGCCCGUCCUCAACGCGCUGCCGGUGCCCAUGGUGGCCCGGUACCUCCGCGUGAACCCGCAGUCCUGGUUCCCGGACGGGAGCGUCUGCCUGCGGCUGGAGGUCCUCGGCUGCCCGCUGCCCGAUCCAAACAACUACUACCACCGGCGCAACGAGAUGACCACCACGGACGACCUGGACUUCAGGCACCACGGCUACAAGGAGAUGCGCCAGCUGAUGAAGGUCGUGAGUGAGAUGUGCCCCAACAUCACCCGCGUCUACAACAUCGGCAGGAGCCAGCAGGGCCGGAAGCUGUACGCCGUGGAGAUCUCCGACCGGCCCGGCGAGCACGAAGUCGGGGAGCCCGAGUUCCACUACAUGGCGGGCGCCCACGGCAACGAGGUGCUGGGCCGCGAGCUGCUGCUGCUGCUGGCGCAGUUCCUGUGCCAGGAGUACCGGGCCGGCAACGCACGCGUCGUCCGCCUGGUGGAGGAGACCCGCAUCCACAUCGUGCCCUCGCUCAACCCCGACGGCUACGAGAAGGCCUCCGAGGGGGGCUCGGAGCUGGGAGGCUGGUCCCUGGGGCGCUGGACCCACGAUGGGAUUGACAUCAACAACAACUUCCCCGACUUGAACUCGCUGCUCUGGGAGGCCGAGGCCCGGCACAGCAGCCCGAGGCCGGGGCCCAACCACCACAUCCCCGUCCCCGAGUGGUUCCUGUCGGAGAACGCCACGGUGGCGGCGGAGACCCGGGCCGUCAUCGCCUGGAUGGAGAAAGUGCCCUUCGUGCUGGGCGGCAACCUGCAGGGCGGCGAGCUGGUGGUGGCCUACCCCUACGACAUGGCCCGGUCGCCCUGGCGGACGCAGGAGCGCACGCCCACGCCCGACGACCACGUGUUCCGCUGGCUGGCCUACUCCUACGCCUCCACGCACCGCCUGCUGACCGACGCCCGCCGGCGGGUGUGCCACACGGAGGACUUCCAGAAGGAGGACGGCACCGUCAACGGAGCCUCCUGGCACACCGUGGCCGGCAGUCUCAACGACUUCAGCUACCUCCACACGAACUGCUUCGAGCUGUCCAUCUACGUGGGCUGCGACAAGUUCCCACACGAGAGCGAGCUGCCCGAGGAGUGGGAGAACAACCGCGAGUCGCUGAUCGUGUUCAUGGAGCAGGUGCACCGCGGCAUCAAAGGCCUGGUCACGGACUCUCAUGGAAAAGGAAUUCCGGACGCCGUCAUCUCCGUCGAAGGCAUCAACCAUGACAUCCGCACAGCCAGCGACGGCGACUACUGGCGCCUCCUGAACCCCGGCGAGUACGUGGUCACGGCCAAGGCCGACGGCUUCACCUCGUCCACCAAGAACUGCAUGGUCGGCUACGACAUGGGUGCCACGCGCUGCGACUUCACGCUCAGCAAGACCAACCUGGCCCGCAUCCGGGAGAUCAUGGAGCAGUUCGGGCGGCAGCCCGGCAGCCUGCGCGCCCGCCAGCCGAGGCUCCGGGGGCGCAAGAGGCGGCAGCGCGGGUGACCUCCGACCCUGAGCCGAGGCCCAGACCCCACCGAGGACGCCCGGGGGGGCGUGGCUCCCUGCAAGACACGUUCCCUGUCCGCGCUGUCACUCCGGGAGGCUGGGAGGACGCACACGUGCCUCGGAAGGCUGGUCCCCAGGGCAGGGCUGCAGGCUCGGGGUCUUUCCUUCCCUCCGUCCCCACGCAUCCACACGCAUCCACACCGCAUCCACACCGCAUCCACACCGCUUGGAGAGAGCAGCGGAGAGGCUGGUGGGCGUGAGCAGGCUCAGCCAGCCCCGCAGGAUCAGGGAGCGAGGGGAGCUCGCCGCCCGGGGCUGCUGGCUGCGCAGUGGGGAGCCCGUCCCGUCCCCUGCUUGCGUGACAGCAGCUCCCUGUGCGUGUGCCGUGUGCCCAGCUGUCCCCGACGUCACCCUUCCCGUGCUCGGGGCACUCCAGGAGAGGCCACCUCUCCGGCCGGGGCGCUCCCAAGCCGAGUGUUGACAACAGCGAGCAGUCAGUUUCGUUUCAAUCCAGGGCGAGGCCUGGGCAGCGGCGUCCGGGGUUUAGCGAGAACCCCGCGUUCCCCCGUCCGCAGCCCGAGGGGCUCCCCGGGUGCUGACAGGGGAGGUGCUUCCCACGAAACCACAUCUCGUCCGGCUCCUCUGGGAGCCGCUCAGACUUGGAAAGAGACGUCAGGCUGCCCUGCGACCCCCUCUGCCCAGACCCCUCCUCCGCGGGGGCGCGCUCCUCGCCUGCCCCGCACGGCAGGGGUUCGACGUGGACACUCGCUCAGAAUUGUCUGCGGAGCCUCGCUCGGGGGGGGGGGGUUGUGCAAUGACCACGCGAGAAAACGCGUCUCGUUGUUGUUACUGUUGCUGCCGCGCUGACCGGGGGCGUGAGGAAAUAAAAAAGCAAA